AUUGACCUCUACUUAAACUGUUAAUCGUGGAGAAACGAAAAGAAAAGCGAGCAAGUGGGCAUGCCACCCAAGAAAAAGGGUUCGGCGGACCGUCAGGACUCAGGGGCCACUGAGGAGAAGGAGAAGAAUGCCCAAGUCCAGCUGGAGAAGGCCAAGGUAGAUUGCAACUCCAUAAUUCUCUCAGCUGCCCAUUCCUGCUACCAGCUAGCUUUGUUAAGGGGAUCUGAUUGGUUUUCUCCACUCUGUCCCUCACAUUGCUCUCUUACCUCAGAUGCCGCAGCCCAAAUCCAAGGAGAGGUUGAGAGGAUUUUUGAGUUAGCACGCAGUCUACAGCUUGUGGUUCUGGAUGCCGACACCAUUAACCACCCUCUCCAACUAAACAAGACCUCCUUGGCCCCGAUCCUGGUGUAUGUCAAGAUUUCAUCACCCAAGGUUCUAACAAGAUUGAUAAAGACCCGGGGCAAAUCUCAGACUAAACAUUUGAAUGUUCAGAUGGUGGCCGCAGACAAACUGGCCCAGUGUCCUAAUGAGCUGUUCGAUGUCAUCUUAGAUGAGAACCAGCUGUCAGAUGCCUGUGAACACAUCGCUGAUUACCUGGACGCCUACUGGAGAGCCACACACCCUCCUGAAAUGGAGCCUCCCAACCCCAUGCUGGAGAAACUGGCAGAAAACACACUCCCCACCAGCCCCACACCUGCUAAGGAUGAACAGAAAAGCAAGAAAUCGACCGCAACCAAGAGAAAAGGAUCUCAAGAGCACCAGCAGGAACAUCUGUCCCAGGCUCAGGAGACGAGAGAGGAGGAGGAGGAGGAGGAGGAGGAGGAAGAAGAGGAAGUGCAGGAGGAGGUCGAGGAGGAGGAGAGGCUCCUUCGUAGUGAGCCAAAGAGACACAGCCAUCAUCAUCACCACCAUCAUCAUCACCACCACCGCUCCAGCACCAGCCGACCAACAGAGCCCUACAACAAACACCAGCACCACGUGCGCCACCAGCAGCCCGCCGACAUGGAGCUGCUUCCUGCUAAAGACACUUCAUAUACAGAGUCCCGGAGCAGGCGCACGCUCCUGGUCGAGGGCGACGCGGACCAAACCGAGGUCUACCACAAUAGGACUACCACUCAAAAGGACCAUAACCACCACCAUCACCACCGACAUCACCACCACCGCCGCGGGACCACGGACGUUCAACCGGAUUAUUCCCAUCUCGGGCAGCAGGACUACGAACUGGAGCACAAUGAACACAACAGGCAACAGAGACAGUCGAGCCAGCUGCGCUCGCACAAACAACCGCACCACAAUCACUAUCACUACCAGGGACGGGAGCGGGACAGGGAGAGGGACAGGUGUGUAGAGACAGAGGAGUGGACUGAAGACAUGUACAUUCAUCGCUGAGAUGGACAUUGUUUUAAUGCCGCUAUGUGAAAUGCUGGAUACCGUGUACUCAGGACAACAUGGUUUCUCUUUCUUUAUCCAUUCUGCUGCGUCAUUGCUUUCUCUGGUCGACAUCUAAUUUCCUUGAUUUUGAGUUUUCAUUCAUAUAAUUCUGUGUUCCUCGGGCUUUAUAUUCGUCUUGCUAUCAGGGCCAUGACUACUGCAUUUUUAAAUGAUUUCAGCACAUUGGUCCUUCCAAUCCUGAGUAUGUGGUUACAUCUCUGCUUGUUACUGUCCCUGUUUCAUGAUAUGUACAUAUGCAAACUGGUUAAGUCUUGUACUGCUAUGCACUUAGUCUUACCCAUCUUUAUUUGUAACCCUUGACAAAGAUAACAACUUUUUUUUUUUUCAUUGGUCUUCUGUGGAACAUGCUGCUACACUAGUGUUAGAUAUGAAAAUAUUAAGAAUAUAAUAAGGGACUAGCCACUUCAGAUAUAUUAAAGGAGACAUAUUAUGCCCCUUUCUACAAUAUGUAAUAUAAGUCUCAGGUGUCCCCAGAA